AUGUCUGUGGAUUUAAUAACGAUACUACUGGGAUUGUUGAUGUCAUGUAUUCCUGUCGCUCUCACUUGCCUUUAUCUUUUAUCAUGGAUUACUCCUUGGCCUAUUCGAACACGAAAAGAUUUGUUACAACCAAUGUUUGUUUAUGCUCCCGUUAAUCCUUGGAACGAAAAGUUCAGGUCAUUGUUAAGUUAUGAUGAUUCAUCCGGAGAGGAACUCCAUUGCACCACACCAGAUUUAUAUCUUUCCGUUAUUGUCCCUGCUAUGAAUGAACAGGAAAGGCUUCCAAUUAUGCUGGAUGAAUGUCUACCAUAUCUAGAAGGUCGACAAACUAAAGAUGAUUUAUUUACAUACGAGAUUAUUGUGGUAGACGAUGGUAGUACAGAUAGAACUGCUGAUACGGCUUACAAAUAUACGGAGAAGUAUGAGGGGAAAAUCAGAGUUUUGAAGCUAGAAAAGAACUUGGGAAAAGGUGGAGCGGUACGUAGAGGUGUAUUAUGUGCACGUGGUUCGUUAAUUUUAUUUGCCGAUGCAGAUGGUGCUACAAAAUUUGCUGAUUUGCAACAUUUAGAAGAAGAAUUGCUUGGUUUAACAACUCUAGAUGGUUGUGUACCGGAAAUAAGAAGCGAUGUUAAUUGGAUUACCCCUGCUAUAGCUAUUGGUUCAAGAUCACACAUGGAGAAAAAAAGUAUAGCAACACGUUCUCUAGCACGAACCUUUCUGAUGAUAGCUUUUCAUUGGAUUGUGUACAUUUUCACGGUAAGAACAGUACGUGAUACUCAGUGUGGAUUCAAAUUAUUUACACGUGGAGCAGUUUCAAAGUUAUUCCCACUGCUGCAUAUCGAACGAUGGGCGUUUGAUGUUGAAUUGUUAUUUCUUGCCGAGCAAUUUAGCAUUCCAAUUCGUGAAGUACCUGUAACGUGGCAUGAAGUUGAUGGCUCAAAAAUAGUACCAAUAAUUUCAUGGCUUCAAAUGGGUCGUGAUCUGAUACUGAUAUGGUUUCGAUAUAAAACUGGCAUUUGGAAGUGUAGUUUACAUUAG